UCAUCGACAGACCGACCGACCGACCGACCAUGGAUAAUAAGGGUGGUUCCAAAUCAUCAUCAUCAGAGGAGAAGACGCCGGCGCCGCCGACGUUUGGUUGUGGUUGUUCGGAUGGGAUUGUGAAUAUGGAUAUGAAAUGUGUGUAUGAAUCUAAUUCCAUGUCUGGCUAUAUGAAUGAUACGGAUGUGCGCAUAGCAGAGGAGGAGGACAUGGAACCAGAAAAUCGUCAUAAGGAUCCCAGAGAUAUAAGCCUUGCUGGAAAUGCUGCUGUGCAAUUGAACGUCGACAGCCUCAUUAACCUGAUGCUUAAUACUAUACAUGAUGGGGGGUUUGCUGAUGCUAUCUUCAACAUGCCUGCUAUUAAGAUUGCCAAAAUCCCAUUCUACAAUCGAUUUACUUGGAAUUUUGAUGUAAUUGAAAUGAGUGAGCGCGAUAGCUUCUAAAAAGCACAAUCCAGAAAGCACAUUCAACUUUAAAAAACACAAUAUGGGCUACAGAAGAGGACAUAUGCGUUGCAGUCGCUGUUAGUAUAAUGAGAUGUCCGCUUGUUCUUCUAAUAACGACUAAUCGUUUUUAAUCUAGCAUGGAACUAUGUAUAUUGGAAGUAUGUUAAUUUGUUUUCAAACUAUGUAUUUUGUGUGUCAAUGUCAUUUCUAUCUCCUUCAAACACCGUUUAAUGAAAUUAAUGUCGUUUACAA